AUGCGAUUUGUUGCCCCAGACAAACCUUCAAGUGAAAGAGACCAGUGCACCAAAGAGAGUCUUAGAGCUGCUGGAGUAAAAGGCUACCAGGACGAUCUUGAUGCCGAGCAUGAAUUGAGUAUCGCUACCGCUAAUGCUGAAUUCUAUGCCAAACAGCGACUCUUGGCUAGUAGUGGAAUUGUUCCCUCGGCCGAUUUCCCUGUUAUGGAAAAUGCGGAUAGUGAUGACAGUGAGUUGGAUGCUGAAAUAGUCGAAAUCGCUGCUGGAUACGGAAAGAAAGACGAUUUGAGCAAACGUGGCUCUAUUCAGGAUGCCCUCGCCUGCCUAAAUCCCAUCCUAUUCUCCUCCAAGGAUUCAUCUGCUUCUAGUUUGCCUAAAGAUUCCACCAGCCUUACUCGACGGCUACCUACACCAGGCGAUAUUUCCCGCGCGAUGCUACCCGGUGGCAAGCCUUCCGGCACGUCUACCACGGAUUCCUUACUGGCCACUUCAGGCAAUUGUGCUGACACGCGUAGAACUGGUCGUGAGCGUGACGGUGAAGUUUCAAAUCUCAAAUUAUCGGCUGGUGGUGGUUCGCAAUCAGGCAACAGUUCCGGAGGGCCUGUAAAUCCCGGACGGAAAGCGCCAGUCUCUCGCCAUUUAGCGAACGUCUGUUCACGUGCCGAAAUUCGCUGGCGGCUUCGAGAAGCCAAAGCUGCAGCUUCGGGCCUAGGUAGCAGUGCUAACGCGCCGUUGGGCUCAGCUCGGGCCCGGUUCGACGAAUUGGAUGCCUUCCGGCUAAGUGAUUCUUCCGAAGAUGCCUACGAAGAUGAUAUUACAGACGGCUCAAAGGAACCAGGUAAAGGUACACGCUGA